AGAACAAUUAGAGAGCGACUAAUAUAAUGGCUAGAUCAACAGCUCACUUAGUUGUGGGUUUGGGAAUUGUGUUGCUAAUGUUUAUAAUAGCAACGGUAGAAGCAACUCCCCCUGGAAUAGCUGAUCAUCCAAGCCAUUCUCAUUGCUCAGAUGAUGAGAUAAAGCAAUGUAAAAAUCUUCCACAUGUUUGUCCCAAAUUUUGUCCCAAUGGCUGCAUAACUGAGUGUCGAUCUUGCAAGCCUAUUUGUAUUGAUGGCUCAGUGCCACCUCCUGAUGAUCACGGUUCGUCAAAACUGCCACCAUCAUCUCCUCCAAAGGAAAAAACUCCACCAUCCCCAUCUCCUCCGAAGGAAAACACUCCACCACCCCCAUCUCCUCCCAAGGAAAAAACUCCAUCCCCAUCUCCUCCCAAGGAAAAAACUCCACCACACAAUGGUAAUGACCACGAUCAUGAUGGUGAUGGUGAUGAUCAUGAUCACGAGGGUGAUGGUGAUAAUCAUGGUUCAGGAUCUCACACUGGCGCACCUCUACCACCUUCAUCUCCUCCCAAGGAAAAAACUCCACCCCCAUCUCCUCCGAAGGAAAAAACUCCACCACACGAUGGUGAUGACCACGAUCAUGAUGGUGAUGGUGAUGAUCAUGGUUCAAGAUCUCACACUGGCCCACCUCCACCACAUUCAUCUCCUCCCAAGGAAAGAACUCCACCCCCAUCUCCUCCGAAGGAAAAAACUCCACCACACGAUGGUGAUGACCACGAUCAUGAUGGUGAUGGUGAUGAUCAUGGUUCAAGAUCUCACACUGGCCCACCUCCACCACAUUCAUCUCCUCCCAAGGAAAGAACUCCACCCCCAUCUCCUCCGAAGGAAAAAACUCCACCACACGAUGGUGAUGACCACGAUCAUGAUGGUGAUGGUGAUGAUCAUGGUUCAGGAUCUCACACUGGCCUACCUCCACCACAUUCGUCUCCUCCCAAGGAAAAAAAUCCACCCCCAUCUCCUCCGAAGGAAAAAACUCCACCACACGAUGGUGAUGAUCACGAUGAUGAUGGUGAUGAUCAUGGUUCAGGAUCUCACACUGGCCCACCUCCACCACCUUCAUCUCCUCCCAAGGAAAAAACUCCACCCUCAUUAUCACCCCAAUAUCCUCCCAAGGAAAAGACUCCACCACAUGAUGGUGAUGACCACGAUCAUGAUGGUGAUCAUGGCUCAGGAUCAACUCCGCCACCAUCUCCUCCCAAGGAAGCAACUCCACCACCAUCUCCUCCCAAGGGAUCAACUCCACCACUACCAUCUCCUCCAAAAGAAGUAACUCCACCACCAUCUCCUCCUAAGGAAUCAACUCCACCACCUCCCAAAGAAGUAACUCCACCACCCCCCUCUCCUCCCAAUGAAGCAACUCCACCACCCUCAACUCCUCCUAAGGAAACAACUCCACCGCCUUCUUUGCCACCCUCAUCUCCUCCUUCAUCUUCACCACCAUUACCACCAUCUUCUCCUCCACCACCCUCAUCUGGUUCUCCACCCCCUCCUACGUAUCCAUCGCCCACUCCUAAACCACCCACACCAAAGAAGGUCAAGUGCAAGAACAAAUUCUACCCCAGUUGUUAUGCUGUCCAACAUGUAUGCCCAAGCUCUUGCCCUACAAGUUGUCAAGUUGAUUGUGUCACCUGCAAGCCCGUUUGUAAGUGUGACAAGCCUGGAGCAGUUUGCCAAGAUCCACGUUUUAUUGGUGGAGAUGGAAUUACUUUCUACUUCCAUGGCAAGAAAGACAAAGAUUUUUGCUUAGUCUCAGACCCUGAAUUCCAUAUCAAUGCCCAUUUCAUAGGAAGAAGAAAUGAAAACAUGAAGAGAGAUUUCACUUGGGUACAAUCUAUUGCUAUCCUUUACAACACUCACAAAAUCUCUAUUGGUGCACUAAAAACAUCAACAUGGGAUGAUUCGAUUGAUCGUCUCUCUCUCCAUUUCGACAGUGAAACUAUAUUCCUUCCUGAUAUUGAAGGUGCAAUGUGGCAAUCUGAAACUUUACCUAUAAUCUCCAUUACCAGAAUCAGCAACACUAAUGACGUUGUCGUCGAAGUUGAAAAUGUUCUUAAGAUCACAGCUAAGGUUGUGCCCAUAACAAAACAUGAAUCUCGAGUUCAUAACUAUGGCAUAACUAAUGAUGAUUGCUUUGCUCAUCUUGAACUUGGGUUCAAAUUUGUUUCUCUAAGUGAUCAAGUGAGUGGUGUUUUAGGGCAAACUUAUAGAAAGGACUACGUAAGCAAAGUUAAGAUGGGUGCUCUUAUGCCUAUAAUGGGAGGUGACAAAAAUUUUGCAACUUCAAGUCUCUUUGAUACUGAUUGUACUGUGGCUAGGUUUCAAGAAAGUGGAAAGCAGUCUGAUAAUAAGGAUUUGUUGAAUUUGGAAUUGCCAAGUUUGAGUUGCAAUAGUGGGAUUUAUGGACGUGGAGUUGUUUGCAAGCGUUAGAAUUAUUUCAAGAGACUUCUAUCAAAAAUAAGGUUGUAAUCCAAUAUAAUAGAGAUUCAUUAAUAAUGGUGCUAAAUAGUAAAAUGAGUUUAGACCAAAAAAAGAAAUGUUUUUAUGUCAUAUUCUUCAAUAAGAUUUUGU